CGAAGUAUCGGCUUUUCGCCGUAUCCGACAAAACAACUGAUAAGUCGGAAGAUGUCAGGGUCAUCCGACAAACCCCCGAAAUCGCAACCGCCCCCGUGUAGCUCUUCGUCCUCGCCGCCGGUAUACCCUGCUGCAGCCGCCUCCACUUCCUUCUCAUCUUCGUCACCUCCUCCUAUACCACAGUCUUCUGCGCGAAAAGGUCAAUCACCUUUAACCGGUAGUCGAUCAUUGCACGAUGCGAAAGUUUUGGACUCCGCCGAAGAGUCCGAGAAAAAGGCGCGGAGACCGGUCUCCUACCCUCCCGGUGUAGACACGAAGUUCACGGACUUGACUAUACGGAAAGAGAGAUCGGAUCCGUUAAAGCCGCUCAAGCCCAAGAGUAAGGCCGAAGUUAAACCGUUUACGAGGGAAUCGUUGGAACGAUUAGAAAAGAAGACAGUGCAAUUGGUGAAGGAAUACGGAUUUCAGCCCAAAGGAAAAGUUACAGUAGAGGACGGGGCAAGAUUGCCAGCCAAGUUUGAACCUUUUCCAAAGAAACUUUAUGGAAGACCGUUGGAGGAAAUAGAUAACUUUAUUUACGAUGAGACGUUCUGCGUGGUGUCGAAACGUUUUCGAAAAAACUACAUCCAUCGUUUCACAGCAACAAAUUCGUUCUUCCUGUUCAGCCCAUGGAACCCCAUCAGACGUGCGUGCAUUUAUAUAUCUACGAACCAGUUUUUCGAUUACGUUGUCAUGGCCACCAUUUUGCUCAACUGCGUCUUCCUUGCCAUGACAGAGACAAUCGAAGAAGCUGAAUAUAUUUUUUUAGCAAUAUAUACAGGCGAGAUGAUAAUCAAGAGCGUAGCGAAAGGCUUUAUCAUCAAUAAGUACACUUAUCUCCGCAAUCCGUGGAACUGGCUCGACUUCGUGGUCAUUACAAGCGGUUAUGCAACUAUCGGUAUGGAUGUGGGCAAUUUGGCAGGAUUGCGGACUUUUCGUGUCCUUAGAGCACUUAAAACAGUUUCCAUAAUGCCAGGCUUGAAGACUAUCAUCAACGCUCUGUUACAUUCGUUCAAGCAGCUAGCGGAAGUAAUGACGCUUACCAUCUUUUGUUUAAUGGUUUUUGCCCUGUUCGCAUUACAAGUUUAUAUGGGAGAAUUGCGUAACAAGUGCGUCUUGAAUAUGGAAGAUCAUAACGCAUCGUACGAAAACUGGUUUAAGUAUGUUUUGUCUGCGUGUGGUCCCAUGAGCGUUUCCUUUUUUACAGUGGUGGUUUUCUUUGGAUCGUUUUAUCUUAUAAAUCUAAUGUUAGCCGUGGUAGCCCUAAGUUAUGAAGAAGAAGCUGAAAUUACGGAAGAGGAAAGAAAAAAAGAUCUCAACGACUACCGCGAAGAUUCAACAUUCAGCUUUGAUCCUUCGCUGCUCAACGUCAAGAAGCUCUCCAAGCACAAAAUAAAAAAGAUCGAUGCUCGUAAAGGACUGCUUUUGGCAUCAUACGCCCGAAAAAAGACGAGAAGACGAAAACGAGCCAAAAGUGCAACGUGCUCCUCGCCCUCGAAUCACGAGGGCGAAGACUCAAAGAACGCCCGAUCGGUGACGCCCAGUCCGAGUCCCAGCCCGAGGCACAGUCAAGGCUCUCCCAAACCUUCAACCCUUCCUCUACCUCUUCCGAACAAACCUUCGAAUCAACACAACGAACGAAAAAGUACGGAAACUCUCUAUCCUACUAAUAGAUUAGCACCCCUUCGAAUUGGUCUUCAAAGUCGCCAAACCAGCAGUAAUACAAGCGAAGGUAAUAAUCGUGAAUCAUCAUUAGAUGAUUCCGGAGUUGUUGACGAUCAUGAAGAUGCUGAUUGUACAUCUGAAGACGUUGCCACCACUCAGGUGCCAAACAUAAUUAAGGUACAUGAUUUACCGGAUCGUAAUUGUUCUUGUUGCGAACAAUGCUGUGUGGAUUACACCGGAUGGUUACAAUUUCAACAGUCUCUUUACAAAAUAGUACGAGAUCCUUUAUUCGAACUCUUCAUAACCGUCUGCAUAGUCUUGAACACGAUGUUCUUAGCUCUAGAACAUCACGGAAUGAGUGAAUCCGUUUUGCGAGCCUUAGACGUUGGUAACAAGGUUUUCACAUCGAUUUUUACACUAGAAUGCACCAUGAAACUAAUAGCGCUUAAUAAAGAAUUUUUUCAAAAUGGAUGGAACAUUUUCGAUUUAAUUAUCGUAUCAGCAAGUGUUUUGGAUCUCAUUUUUGAAUUGGUGGAUGGACUGUCCGUUCUUAGGGGUCUCCGUUUGUUACGAGUUCUAAAGUUGGCACAGUCGUGGAUAACGAUGAAAGUACUUUUAAGUAUCAUUAUAAGCACCAUAGGAGCUCUUGGAAAUCUUACAUUUGUGUUGGUUAUCGUUAUCUAUAUCUUUGCAGUAAUAGGGAUGCAAUUGUUUUCGAAGGACUACACCGAAGAAAAGUUUUACCCGGAUCCUGUACCCAGGUGGAAUUUUACCGAUUUCUUUCACUCGUUCAUGAUGAUCUUUCGCAUAUUAUGCGGCGAAUGGAUCGAACCCUUGUGGGAUUGCAUGAGAGCGGAACAAAGCGAGGGUUCCGGAACAUGUCUAGCCGUAUUUUUGCCGACGCUGGUUAUGGGGAAUUUUAUGGUUCUUAACUUGUUCUUGGCCUUGCUACUUAACAGUUUUAACUCGGAGGAACUCAAAACUCGCAAAGAGGAAGUCGGCGACGAGUCGAAUCUCGCAAAAAGCUUCGAGAGAAUACAAUCUAUUCUUCAGAAAACACGAAGGAAGAAAAAGACCAACGACGAAAAAGCAAAAGGUAACCAAUGUCUCGAAAUGAUUGUCAAACAGAUGAUGCAAAAGCAUGCAGAGGAAAAAGAGAAGCAAGAAGGUUUAAAAGUUACAACAUAUGGUGAGUUUGCGGCAGAUAAAGUUUACAACCGAAGCUAUCAAGAAGCUAUGAAUAGACCGAUAUCACUGAUAAGUUACGAUUCCUCCGAGUAUAGGGAAGUUAUACACGAAAACGUUUUCGAAGAAGAUAAAUCAGAACGUCAUCCUAAGACAUCAAGACAAGAUUCUAGCAGGUCAAAUGCUCAACAAGAAAAGUUUGACGUAAAAGUGCUUCAGAAAAGUACAUCUUCGGGCAGGGGAACGACGAACGGAGAAAGCAAGGAUGAAUCCCAGGAAAAACCAAAACAAUUAGCACCAACAAACAGUUGUGAAACCGAAGGCAGUAAUUUUCAAUUAACUGAAAAUAAUAGUAACAAUAGCAAUCCAAGCCAACAAGAAAAGGAAACUGUUAAACGACCAUGGCAUACUUUAGUAGCUUAUGUGGACGAAAUUACGGUCGGAGGACGAAAAAAUUCAAAAGGACAAUACACCGAUAGGUUGGGGGGGUUUCCCGGCUUUGGAAGGAACAAGAAGCAGAAAACGCCACCCGAUUGUUUUCCUCAACAUUGUUAUCAAAGGUAA